AUGAACGAAGAAACAAAAAAAAAGUAUUGUCAUCUUUUGAUGUUUGAAAUCUCCAGCGUCAAUCGCCAACACGAGCAAAAAAACAAUAUCAACAAUUACGAUUCUUCACUUACAAAUGCAAGUGAACAUGUUUCUAGCGCAUUCCAGACAACCAAUAACAACGAUUAUAAAGAAAUGUCGGUGCAAUUAUGUUCGUCGUUUAUGUAUAAUAAUAAGAAUCAAUACCCGCAAAUCAAUCCGAAUAAUGCAUGUGAAAAACCAUCUGCAUCCGCAACAACUCCUCCUUUCGAACAUACAACAUCAUCCAAUGUUGUAAUCGGUGGUGGUGGAUAUUUUAACAAACCGUCAUCAUGCAUCGCACCAUCAGACAUCAUCGCUAAUCAUGGUAAUGGUUCGGAUGCUAUGAAAGUAUCAAAAAAAACACCUCGUCCUCCCAAUGCUUUCAUUCUUUAUCGAAAAAAUAAACAACCGGAAAUCGUUGCAUUGAAUAAAACUUUGACGAAUGCGGAAGUUUCAAAGGUUAUCAGUAAAUUAUGGUGGAAAGAGACGGAGGAAGAACGAUUCCGAUGGGAAAAAAUGGCAGAUAGGAUUAAACUACAACACAUGCAGGAUUAUCCAAAUUACGUCUACCAACCAAAAAAACCCGGCACAAAGAAAAGAAAAUCAAUUAAAAGUGGAAAGAAUGAAGAAUCUUCGAACAAUCUUUCGGCGAACGUGGUUGUAGCAAGAAAUUCCAAACAAAUGGCUACAUCAGCAUUGAAAGAUGACGACGUUUUUUAUCCGCCUCCAAAUACGCCGACAACCCCACUCUAUGAAAGUACUAUGAAUUCUUCUAACACGCAAAAUCACAUUAUAUUCCCCAAUUAUAAUUUUCAACAAUACGCAAAUGUUGUCGAUCCGAUCCUGAAUUCUCCGAAUUUGCAUCUUCAACAAUCGAGAUCAAGUUCUAAUCAAUAUUCUGAAUAUAUAAAUCCAAAAUAUCUGUUAAAUCAUGGCAACUGUUCGACUCCCGAUGAAAGUACUACCUCGGGUAUGAACGAAGAAGGCAAUUGUAUAAUUGCCAGCCAAAGUGAAGGCGAAGGAAAUGGUAGUGCUUGGUUGGUCGAUGUCUACAAUUCUUCCAAUUCAGAUGAGAUCGACAGCUAUUUGGGUGAACCGGAACCGGAAACUUCUUCCGAAUAUCUGGAAACCGAAUGGUCCAGAUCUAGCAGUGUUAGUUUGUAA